AUGUUUGAGCACUCUCCUCCAGGCGAAUAUCAGACUGGCCGCCCCCAAACGACUAUGUCCGUUCCUUUCAAUCGACGAAUUCUAUCUGCCACGACUUUCGGGGUUUUGGGUUGUGCAUUUGGGCUCGGGCUUGCCACGUCAUGGGUUUGGAAUGGCCAGUCUCAACGCUACUCUCCUGAAUGUGUCGCGCAUUUUGAUGCACCACGACCAUUGUUUGACCUCGAGGCUGCCCCAGUAGUGGUCACCAUUACCAAAACGGUCCAGGCCUCCCAGCCGGUUCCGACACCCGAGCCGCCAGAAUUAUUGCUAAAGGGGCGUCCUACGGCAGCAUUCAAAGAUAACUUACUUCCCAACGUUCAAUACGUAACCACCUUCCCAGGUUCAGGUUGGACUAACGAUGUGCUCUUAUAUAUGAACCUUCUCUACCUCGCUCUUAUUACUGAGCGAGUGGCUGUAAUCCCGUACUUCACCCCCACCCAUGUUGGGGGCAGCGCGCCAACAAUCGGCUUUGGCGAAAUCUUUGACAUUCCGCGUCUGGAGAAAGCAUUAGGGACGCGUAUCCUGGAGUGGCACCAGGUCAAGGACCCUCAAAGCGAGACCAUCGACACUAUGGGCUGCUGGAGCGUUUGGAAGGGCGUUCAAAGUUUCAACACCGAGUCUCAUUUUACGAGUGCGACGAUGCGGCUGAAACUGGAUGUCUCGUAUACCACAGCUCCCCGAUGGAUAAAGUUGGAGCCUGGCAACGAUGGCGAUCCACAUGCAUCAUUUUGGGCUCUAGCAGCACUUGCUUUCCCUGAGACACGGUCAGAAAACCUGCAGAGCCCAGCACUCUCUCCCAUCAACAAAGCUGCUCUUGCUCCCGACGAACACCUACUCUGCUACGACUAUCUCUAUUAUGUUGGCGCAACCAACACAUACGAAUGGGAAGCAGAUUACAGCCCCGCUUGGAGAUUUGUUGGGCGGCACAUGCAUUGGACGCCAGAAAUUAUGAAGCUUGCUGACCAAUAUGUGCGAGACGCUCUAACUGUGGCUCCUGCUGAUUACGGAUGGCGGCAGUACAUAUCAGUCCACGUCCGACACGGCGACUUUGCUGGUUGGUGUGAAGUCGUUCUCAAGGAAUGUUUCGCACCACUCUCUGCUAUCGCUCGACGGGUAGAAGAAGUGCAAGACGAGAUCUGGGAAAAGGAGCGCUUGAUCGUGGACCGCGUCAUUGUUACGAGCGAUGAACCUAAUCAUGAAUGGUGGGAGGAGGUAAACGAGCUUGGAUGGGCUCGACCUGAUCAUUCUCAAACAAUUGCGCGCUACGGAGCUUGGCAUCCGAUUCUCAUUGACGCAGCGAUUCAAUCGGGAGCGACGGGUUUUGUAGGCACAGAUAGGUCAACAGUAUCGACCCUGGCCCGCAAACGGGUAGCAGCAUGGAAUAAUGGCCCUGUGAGAACAGUUCGUUGGGGCUCAGCUGGCGCGGACGAUCAUUAA